UGCACAGCCAACCAUUUCAGCUCCUUGUUUCAAAAGACCUUGGGCUAUUUUGUGCUGCUCAACUCCCUUCACUCGCCCGUUCCAGCAAACAAGAGAUCCUAAGAGGAGGAUGAGGCAGCUAAGAGGAAAACCCAAAAAAGAGACCUCCAAAGAUAAAAAGGAGAGAAAACAGGCAAUGCAAGAGGCCCGGCAACAAAUCACCACCGUCGUGCUGCCCACGCUGGCUGUUGUAGUGCUGCUGAUUGUUGUAUUUGUUUAUGUAGCGACUCGUCCAAAUACAACUGAAUGAUGCAGCUUUUCAGACUCUCUAGCUUUGGGGUAUUAAUAAUUAUAUCAAGAGCCAAAAGGAACUCUCUGCCACUCUCUCAGUACUUUACAAAGGAACUUGCUGGUAUUUUCAGUCUGUCUCUUGGCUAAGGUCCCGCAGAUUCUCUUAGGAAUGUAACAUAAAACGUAUUAGUGAAUGUGCCAGUACGUUUUAUGGUCCAGUUCAUGUGCCUUUCAGACUUUUAAAAUGGUGUUUUUCUUAAAUCUGUUUGAAGCUCUAUAUUGUAAAAGGAAAUUGUGUUCUGCUAUAAAUUUGUAAAAAAUCAGCUUUCAGCUUUUAUCACUGUUACGGAUAAUGUUGCUCCCAUGAGCUCUUGUAUGUCUGUUUCAGAACUUCCAAAGAAGUACAUUUCUUCUUUGUACUUAAUGUCAUAUGAAGUGCUUUGAUUCAGAAAGGAUAUAUUUAUUUUUUGAAUAAAAGAGAGAAGUCUUACUUGGAAUCUUCAAGUUAUUUUGCAAAAAAUGUGACUUAUUGUGAAAGCCUACAUUGUGUAAUAAUUUUUUCAUUAAACACUAUAUAGUUCACUGAAAAA